ACGUAGAGUGGUGUGAGAACGGGACGCGAGAGAGCGAAGGCGUUGGAAGGAAUGGGAACGCCAUAAUAUAACCUACAAAAACAAAUAUUAUCCGGGUGUCUGUGCCUAACAGCUCGGUAGGAUGUCGGGUUUAAUGUUGUGAUUACUACUGGACUUUUUGGAACUAAGUGGCUGUCCGCGUGAUGUGCGUUUCUCUUUAAAAAUAGACCAAGUUGGUUUGUAUGGUCCUUCCUGUUCAAAAAGUCGAUGGAAAGAAACUUCACUUUCUUCAUAUGAUACUUCAAGAAGUCUGUCAACUCUCUUCGUCUGCGGAACUAUCACACGAUGGCACCGUGAGGAUGCGCAAAAGUUGGAAUAUUAUGCCUGAAAACGGGGUAGGUUUUUUUCGGCCAGGACCGUUACCCACUUUUGUGAGAGUUGACCAACUUGUCGUAUAGCACGGGUGCGCAAAAACUCAAUGCUCCUUUCCUGCCAUUCUUCUCGACUUCUCCCCGCUUCCUGCUUGCGGUGCUCACGGCACUUAACGACUAAAAAUACAGAAAACUCUAGAUGGACAACUGAAUCGAGCUGGGAUUAUUUCUGUCACUUCGCCAGACAAUGCGCCACCAUUCAACAUUCACAGCAGUUUGGUUUGUGUUGUUGCAUUGUGAUUUCUUUUCGUUCGCUGUGCUGUCGCAACGGGGACGGUCCUAAAGCCAUCUCAUGAUUAGAGACCAAACUAUAUUUUUUUAUAGAUAUAUCCGGUUUGCAGUUGUAACCAGUAAACACACUGGAUAUGCAGUAGUAACGACAUAGUUAUAACCAGGAAGUUAUGCACAACAUGAACUCUAAACAGGACUAGCAUUGUCAAUCAUGCCGUUUUACGCACAGGCACGGUUGACAAGUUCCAUGCACAGAGGGAGCCCUUGUGUCUGACCAUUGUCAUUUUUAUAUGGAGACAUAUGCAUUCCAUGUCUGCUCUCUUCGGCGACAUCAGUUCAGCUACAGCUAAACACGACCCUGUGUUUGCCUGCCUGGCCUCGGAAUGGGUUUUACAAGUGCCCGAUGAGCCCACUAAACGCAGAGGACAGGGAGAGCGGAGUUAUAAAGUACGCAUUUGUACUUUAUUUUCAAUAUCUCAUAAGAUCCAGCCCGGUUUAACCCACAGGCCCCAUGGAGCCGCUAAAGAACAUAUUUGCGCGCGGCGGCCUGACGAACUGGAAGAAUCUAGAGUCGCAAAAGGGAAACUUCACCAACCCCGUGUGGACGGCGCUUUUCGACUAUGAAGCGUCAGGCAAAGACGAGCUCACCCUCCGCAAAGGUGACUUGGUGGAGGUGCUGUCACGGGACUCGGAGAUAUCCGGGGAUGAGGGUUGGUGGGCGGGCAAGGUAAACAACAAAGUCGGCAUAUUCCCCUCGAACUACGUCUCGUUCAAGCCCAGCGGCUAUGGCAAACUACAAGGCAGCGGAGUCGUUGGCCCCGCGGUUGUCGCCGAGUUCGAACCCGAGGCGGUGGAUUUUAGGGAUCUCAGCCUGGAGGAGGUGAUUGGCGUGGGGGGCUUCGGGAAAGUGUACCGGGGGACGUGGAGGGGGGAUCUGGUGGCCGUGAAGGCUGCUCGCCAAGACCCGGACGAGGACAUCAGCGUCACGGCCCAAAAUGUGCGCCAGGAGGCUCGGCUCUUCGCCAUGCUCACUCACCCGAACAUUAUUGCCCUCAAAGGGGUUUGUCUGCAGGAGCCAAACCUCUGCCUCAUUAUGGAGUACGCGGCGGGUGGCCCCCUGAGCCGGGCCCUGGCUGGACGUCGCAUCCCCCCGCACGUCCUCGUCAACUGGGCCGUGCAGAUAGCCAGGGGGAUGCUGUACCUGCACAGCGAGGCCAUUGUGCCUGUCAUCCACCGAGACCUGAAGUCAAACAACAUCUUGCUGGCCCAGCCCAUAGAGCAGGAGAGCGUGGAGGGCAAGACGCUGAAGAUCACCGACUUCGGGCUGGCGCGCGAGUGGUACAAGACCACCAAGAUGAGCACGGCGGGCACCUAUGCCUGGAUGGCACCCGAGGUCAUCAAGUCAUCCACCUUCUCAAAGGGCAGCGACGUCUGGAGCUAUGGCGUUCUGCUGUGGGAGCUGCUGACGGGAGAGGCUCCCUAUCGGGGCAUCGAUGGGCUGGCAGUGGCCUACGGAGUAGCAGUCAACAAGCUCACCCUGCCCAUCCCCUCCACCUGCCCCGAGCCCUUCUCCAUGCUCAUGUCCGAGUGUUGGGACCAGGACCCCCACCGGCGGCCCAGCUUCAGCUCCAUCCUGUCCCAGCUGACGGCCCUGGAGCAGCAGGUGAUGGAGGAGAUGCCCCAGGACUCCUUCCACUCGCUGCAGGACGACUGGAAGCUGGAGAUACAGCACAUGUUCGACGAGCUGCGCGCCAAGGAGAAGGAGCUGCGCUGUCGCGAGGAGGAACUGAAGCGCGCGGCGCUGGAGCAGAAGUCCCACGAGGAGUUCCUGCGUCAGCGCGAGCAGCAGCUGGCCCAGUGGGAGCAGGACGUGUUCGAGAGGGAGCUCAGCCUCCUCAUACUGCACAUGAACCAGGAGAAGCCCAACGUCAAGAAGCGGAAGGGGACCUUCAAGAAGCACAAGCUGAAGAGCAAGAACGGGGAGAAGAUCAGCAUGCCGCAAGACUUCAUCCAUAAGAUCACGGUGCAGGCGUCUCCAGCGCUGGAGAAGAGGAGGAACUCGCCUGACCUGGGAACAGGAACCUCACCCACCUUUGGACCACGCUUCAGAGCCAUACAGCUGAGUCCCAGUGAUAACAGCCGAGGGUUUGGCAUGAUGACCCCCUGGCCCCUGGAACCGCUCCCACUGAAGGUGGCCAAUGGUGAGCGUAGGUUGGCCCCCCACUGGUCACCUCACAGCCCUAAGAGCCCCAAGCUGCUACGCCUUAGCCCUCAGGAGACCAGUCUGUGUAUGAGGGCCAAGCUGCUGGGAACGGACAGCAAUGAGAACGGGGACUCCAAAGCAGACUUUGAGGAGUACAGACCGUCCUCGCCCGAGUGCGCACACAACGGCUCUUGUUCUGGCCCCGCCUCCAUGAAGGAGUCCGGCUGGACCACCCUGCCCGAGGAGGACUCGGAGAGCGAGGAGAGCGGCUCCCCUUGCAACUCCCCCCGCCCCGACCGGCGCAGCGCCGCCUCCUCCACACACCCCUGCCACCACCACCACCACCACCACCACCACCAUCCCCAUCCCCAUCCCCACCAUCCUCAUCAUCCUAAAAGCACCCACAGUGCCCUGCUCACUAGCGCCUCCCUGCUGGCCGCAGUGGCAUGGGGCAGGACACUCGAACCCGAGCCCGUGGACACGCCGCCCAAAGUGCCCCCCAGGACUAACCCGCCUUCCCACCCGCCGCCCCCUGUCCCCGCCGCAGCCUCCCUGCAGCUGCCUCUCCCGCUAUCGCUCUCCCUCAUGCCCCCUUCGCCCCGUUGCUGCCCCGUCCACCCCGACAACCCGGAGGUGAAGUUGCCGUCUGAAAGGGAGCUGCCGCUGCCGCCGCCGACGACGGCGUCAGCGGUGGUGGAUGACCUCAUCACCUUCAGCACGGACUCGUUACCCAGGGGGCUGCUCUUCGACUUCCCCCCGCCUCCUCCUCCGUCGAACCCACCGCCUGCCGCACCCGCUUCGUCUUCAUCAUCGUCGUCGUCGCUACUCUCCCCCGUGGACCCCAGGCCACUGCCAAUCACGCCGCCCCCACCCAACCCCAAUCAGCAUCGCCAUCGCACCCCCCAGCACAGCCCCAAGGAGUGGGCCACCACCACGAGCAUUAACGCCACCAAUGCCACCACCACCAUGGGCAUCAGUGCCACCACCAUCAACACCGUACCCCAAAAUGGCAAUGGGGAGAUGGCUGCUGCCCCUGCCCCUGUCCCUGCCCCUAUCCCUGCCCCUGUCCCUGUCGCUGUACCUGUCCCUGCCCCUGCUCCGGCUUCUGUUACUACUACCAGCCCUGCUGAUCUGACCUCCAGCCAGGGAGGAGGGGAGAGGAGGAGACGCUCCAGCCAGGGCCUGCAUGCCUCUCAGCUGGCAUUAGACCUGCCCCUGUGCCAGGACAGCCAGGACAGCCAGCAGUCCACCUUCACCGUCUACCCCCCCAACCCCAUCCUGCUGAGCCCCAAGUCGCCCCGCAUGGACGUCCAGAUCAUCCCGCGCCCUCGCCCCUCCCCCAUGCGGCCCCGCAUCGACCCCUGGAGCUUCAUCUCCGCCGGCGCAGCGGCCAAUCGAAACGCAGGUGGUGGCGGUAGUAAACCGGGCACCCCUUCCGACGGCGGCCGCUCCCCAGCCUCCUCGCAGUCGCCACUGGGCUACCCGCUGUCGCCCACCAACCCCUUCAUCUCGAACUGCUGCGGGCACCCCUUCCCCUCGCCCGAAUACGACCCCUUCGCCCUCAGGGCCCAGCCCUCCUCCUCCUCGGCGGCCAUGACGGUGGACUCCUCGCCGUCCCGCGACCCCUCACCUUCGCCCUUUGACCCCUUUUCAGCACCGCCCUUUCCCGCGACCGCCGCCACGACAACGUCUCGCUCGGCGCCGUGCUCGGCCAACGGGAGCCCCAAUCUGUCUGCGUUGCACGUGGCGCCGCUCAACCCGGCCGACUCGCCCUUUGUGGACCUGGGCUGGGCGGCUGCGGCGGCCACCUCCGCAGCGACAGCGGCCAUGACGCGAGGGCGCCCCCUGGAGAUCGCUAAAGAAAGGCUGCUGGCCCCGCGCAAGUCCCUGGGCUUGAGUCCCUUUAGGUCGGCCACCACGCAACUCAGAGACGAUCGCUUCUGAUCACAAGAACUCACACACGCACACACAGGGACACUCCCACACACGUGCACACAUACUGCAGCCAUAAAUGCUUUUGAUCAUAAAAAAACAUACACACACACAAGCACAUUCACACACAGGACAGCCAUGAUCGCUUCUGAUCCCAGAGCACAGACAUGAAAACGGAUUAGUUUGUCUCUAAACAAAACCUCCCUCAGUCCCCUCAGGUUUUAACAAACCAAGUCUCGCCAAGGCCACACACAUGCACAAACGCACACAUGAUUCGGACAGCACAGCCAUCACCACCCAGGCCUUUGACACCCUCCAUGGACUUAUACAGGGAGAUCUGAUACCUCUGUUUCAGCUUUUGUUUUUUUUUUAUUCUUUUAAUUCUUUUGACUUCCUUUUUAAACGUUUUUUUUUGUUACUGAGUGGAGGUGUGGCAGGGGCGUUGGUGUCGGGAGAGUUCAGAAGGUAAAUAAGAGAACAGAGCUACAACGCAGGCCUCUUCCUCUGAGAACAAAUGGUGGGCUAGCCAUUUCCUGUUGGACCUUUUAUCUUAAAAGCGGGAAAAAAAGGAAUACAAUCAAAGAAAAAAAAAGUGUGAAAAGGAAGAUGAUGCUCUAGAAGAAAUCAAACGCGCAUGCACACACACACACACACACACACACAGACACACACACACACACACACACACACACACACACACACACACACACACACACACACACACACACACACACACACACACACACACACACACACACACACACACACACACACACACACACAGAUAUACAGUGGGGGGCCUGUCUGAGAGUGAGUGAGAGACUAGGAGAGGAAGUCUUAACCGCGGUGUUUGUGUACAUCCGCUAUGGGAGUUGC